GCCUCGAGCUGGCCACAACGGCGCAAACAUGCUCGCUGUCCGUAGAUUACCGCGGAUACGCGCUAGGCUUUCUGGCAUUCGCAGCUAUGCUUCUCUCGAGGCUGUCUCAACCCCCUCUGACUCGGUGAAUCUCCCUCCGCCCUCACCUCCUCAGGCGGAUGCACCUGAGCCGCAGGCACAGAAAGCAGCGGAAACUGGCGCACGGACCGCAGAGCAAGAAACAUCCCAGGGAAACGGAGAACAGACUCAACGACAAUGGCCGACGCGUAGGCCGCGCAUUUCGCUCGCAAAUCCUCGUGACUGGAAUAGGCCGAUCGCGAAGGGGGUCCUCCCUGCUUAUGACUUCGCGUCCGAGUAUAUUCGUGAGGACUCGAAGGCGUUGAAGAAGGAAUUGGCCGAGCUCAGGAAGGACUUAGCUGCCGCGGAGAGUUUGCCCGAAAGUGAUAGGGAUGUGCAGGUCAUCGAGGCACUCAAAGAGAAGGAGAAGAUUUUGAAGAUUCAAAGCGAAGUGAACCUACCCGAAGUGCGAUGGAGGGCGUUCAAUGGGCUAGGUAACAUGAAGAAGGCCGUUUAUAGGCAUCUCUUGGAACAGAGGUGGAGGGAAGAUGGUCCGCUCGAUUUGCUAAUGGAGCGCAUUCAUCAAAUGAGCGUCGUUCCGGACCUUCUGCCGUCGCUGCACCCAACGCUCGACCUCCGUGUGAACUUCCCGGAGCCGCCACCGAAGAGGGUUGACCUCCGCCGUCGCGUGAAGCACAAAUACAAGAAGGUCGAACCUGGUAUUUUUCUUCUGCCUCAGCAGACGUUAGAGCCGCCGAUGUUAUACACGUCCGUUUUCCACGUCGAGCGGAGGCUCUACACCAUGCUUAUGGUGGAUCUGGACAUCCCGGACGAGGAGAAUCAGACUUUUACGACCUUCCUUCACUGGAUGCAACCUAAUAUCUCCCUCUCCGCGACCUCCCCCUCGCCCAUCCCGCUCUCGAGUACGCACACGCCGUAUAUCCCACCGCACCCACAGCGCGGGACGCGCUACCACCGGUACGUUAUCCUCAUCCUGCCGCAGGCGGACCCGACGACGCCCAUCGACGUACCCGUUGCAAAUGACGCCGAGCGCAUGGGCUUCGACUUCCGCGCAUUUGCGGAAACAUUCGAGCUCGACGGCGCGACGGGCGGCGGUGCUCACAUGUGGCGAGAGGUCUGGGACGAGACUGUCUCCAAGAUCUACCAGGAUGUUCUUAAAACGGAGGAGCCGAGAUAUGGGCAGCCCCCGAAGCCAGAUCGGUAUGCUCAUCUCAAGGAAGAGAAGCGCUACUCCUAAGUGGUUGUCGUUACCGGCGUGGCUUAAGAAGGUGUCAUGUAUACUGUGUACAUUCAAGUCAGUCACCGACAAUUGCGUGGGUUCAAUGUUUAAUUCUUUGCAAGCGGCCGACCCGAGCGCACGGUACGCCGACAG